AUGGGCUCCCCAUCAGCAGGGGAAGCAGACAGGGAGCAACCAGGGGUGAUGACCGUGACGGCGGAGGCAGAGCACAGAGGCUGCUGGUGCUGCCUCCGUCGCAGGUACUUCUACUCCCGAAGGUUGGACGUCUCCCUGACGUCGGUGAAGUGCUUCCACAAGCUCGCCUCCGCCUACGGGGCCUGGCGGCUGCAGAGUUUCUGCGCGAGCCUCUUUGCCAUCCUCCUCCCCGAGGACGCCUCCUUCCAGACGCCCCUGGACCUCUAUGCCUAUGCACUGGCCACCCGGGACCCCAUGCUGGAGGAGCUCUGCGUGCGGUUCCUGGCCUGGAACUUCGAGGCCCUGACGCAGGCCGAGGCCUGGCCGAGCGUCCCCACGGCCCUGCUGCGAGUCCUGCUCUCCAGGAGCGACCUGGCCGUGCGCAGCGAGCUGGCCCUGCUGAUGGCCGUGGACGCGUGGAGCCGGGAGAAGCAGCCCUCCCACGGGGAGGUGGAAGGCCUUCUGGACGAGAUCCGGUUCCCCAUGAUGCUGCCCGAGACCCUGUUCGAGCUGCAGUUUAACCUGUCCCUGUACCGGGGUCACGAGGCACUCUUCCAGAAGAAGACUCUGCAGGCGCUGGAGUUCCACACCGUGCCCUUCCGGCUGCUGGCCCAGUACAGAGGCCUGAACCUCAGCGACGACGCCUACCAGCCCCGGCUGUAUACCUCGCCCACCUGGAGUGCCAACAUCUCGGGCGAUUCCCAGGCCUCGUCCGGCUACCCGUACGUUCCAAACUGGUCCUUCCAGACCCCACAGCACCCCAGCUUCCUGUUCCAGAACAAGCUCGUCUCCUGGUCGCUCCUGUACCUUCCCACCGUCCAGAGCUGCUGGAACUACCAGUUCUCGUGCACCGCGGACGAGGUCCCCCUCCUGGGCCUCUCCAAGUCCACCUACUCGGAUCCCACCAUCGGCUACCAAAGCCAGGCUCUGAUGCUCUGCGAGGGGCGCUUCGUGGCCGACGUCACCGACUUCCUGGGACAGAAGGCCCCGAUCCCCGACGCCCUGGGCACCAACAGCUCCAGGAGCGCCUCCCUCUUCCCCUGCCCGGAAGGGUCCUUCACCAGCUUCCAAGCGGUCAUCCGCCCCUUCUACCUGACCAACUCCUCCGACGUGAACUAGGCGCAAGCGAGCGCCGAGAGGCCAGGCGCCUCCCAGUCCGCCCCAGGCUUGCCGUUGCUGGCCGCCUCCUGUCUGCAGCCACCCGCCACACCGGCCACCAGAGGGCCCUCGCGCUUUCACUGAUGUCUCUGAGCUUAGAGAAAGUACUGGAAGGUUUCAACUAACGUUCACCACCCUGCACAGAAGUCCCAGUUCCACCCCCACCGCCCGGCUGGUUUCCAGGUCGAGAAGCAGCAGGACCUGGGAGGGGCAGCGGCUGGACUUUCCACCCGGCCUUUCCCUUUCCCGGUCGGGUCCUGUGCC